AUGUCACCAAAGUUCCUUAUAAAAGAUGUCCGUAUCUUUGACGGUGAAAACGAUAUUUCAUCUGGCAGUGUCCUUGUUGAAAACGGCUUGAUCAAGCAAGUGGCCGAAGGAUCCCUAACAGUGGCAGAUGCAUCUACUAUUGUAAUCUCCAAACCGGGACACACGCUGAUUCCUGGACUUAUUGAUGGGCAUGUUCAUGUAUAUAUGGACGAAGAAAAUUCGGCACUAAAGCAAAGCUUGAAAUUUGGCCUUACUACUAUCUGUGAUAUGCAUCAGGAGGCCAAGAAUGUCAGUAAACUAAGGGAACUUGCUGAAGAACCAGAUGCGGCAGAUUACAAGACCUCUAGCCAAUCCGCAACUAUAUCCGGAGGGUGGCCAGAGCCUAUCAUAGCAACCCAUCAUCAUCCGGAUGAGGUAAGGGCAAUGACAUCCAGCUGGCCAGACAUCCAAAGCAAUGAUGAUGUCGAUGCUUUCAUAGCAAAUCGCCUUAAAGAUAAGGCGGAUUAUGUAAAACUGAUGCACGAAGAUGGCCACGCUCUAUCAUUGAAGGUCAAAAAGAUGCCAGUGGAGCUUCAGAAAGUCAUUGUUGAAUCUGCCCACCGGAACGGCCUUCUAACAGUUGCGCAUGCUCUGAGUCUCCAUGGGACAAUGGAGAUGUUACAGGCUGGCGUUGACGGAAUGGCGCAUACUUUCUGCGACCGAUCUCCUACCCAAGAAGUAACGGAUGCAUAUUUAGCAACAAAUGCAUUCUGCUGCCCAACCCUAGCGGUGAUCGCUAGUCUGACUGGAGAAGGGCUGGGAGAACAGAAGAGAUCCUGCCAGGACCCCCGAGCUCAAAAGUACUUGAACGAUCAAGACGUAGAAAGUCUUCAUAGAUGCAUAGGACUUGGUAGCAGCGAAGCCAAGGUGGAACAUGCUUACGAAAGUGUGAGGCAGCUGAAAGCUACCGGCGUGGAUAUAAUUUUGGGAACCGACUCUGCCCGUUCGGCUCACGGAACUGCUUUUGGUCUGAGCGCGCACCAGGAACUCGGCCUGCUUGUCAAAGAAUGUGGCUUUACGCCGAAAGAGGCAUUGAGGGCAGGGACUGCUGUAGUAGCUAAGAGACUGCGUUUUAACGAUAGAGGAAGAAUUGUGGAAGGGCUACGGGCGGAUUUGGUCUUGGUAGAGGGAAAUCCGCUCGAGGAUAUCGAUCAAACGCUCAACCUCCGUGGCGUUUGGAAGAAGGGCACUCUCUGUUCAACAUACAACGGAAUCGCAACAUAG